AUGAAGUGGCGGCAUAUCGAAUGCAAGUCACAUUGUAUUAUGACAAGUGGCUUAGAUCUGAAGAGCGUAGACAAAAUGCUAGAAGCAGUGUCUAUCGCUCCACAACCCAAAGGGGACGGUUCUGUUUUGGAAGAUCAGACCAAGGAGUCGCAUCUUUCUGCAGCAUCAGCAAAGAAAAAAAUACCCAGUAGAUCAAACUCGGAAACAGGAAGCUUCGAUUCAGCUUCGUAUACUGGAUCUAGUUCAGAUGAUGAUGAAGUUGAAAGUCAACAACGUGAAAAUCCAAGAGAACGUUAUAUGAAACCAGGAUUAAGAGCUGUUAACUCUAGAGGAUUUAAUGAUUUUUGUGUUCAAAAAAUUCGUCAAGCAUCAUUUGGUAGAAGAGAGAUUGAAAUAGCUGAACAAGAAAUGCCUGGUUUAAUGGCGUUGAGAAAACGAGCUAAAACAGAUCAACCAUUAAAAGGCGCUAAAGUUCUUGGCUGUACACAUGUGACUGCACAUACUGCUGUCCUGGUUGAAACGAUGGUUUGCCUUGGUGCUCAAAUUCGAUGGUGCGCUUGUAAUAUAUAUUCAACACAGAAUGAGGUAGCUGCUGCAUUAGCUGAGGCUGGAUUUCCUAUCUAUGCAUGGAAAGGUGAAACUGAAGAAGAUUUUUGGUGGUGUAUUGAUCAUUGUAUAUCUACUGAAGGUUGGUCUCCGAAUGUGGUGUUAGAUGAUGGUGGUGACUUAACUCAUCGUCUACACAAAGAUUAUAAAGAAUUAUUGUCUGGAAUUUCUGGAAUUGUUGAAGAAAGUGUUACAGGUGUACAUCGUCUUUAUCAAUAUGUGAAAUCUGGUACACUUGGUGUACCAGCUAUGAAUGUUAGUGAUAGUGUAACAAAAUCGAAAUUUGACAAUUUCUAUCUAUGCAAAGAAUCAAUUGUUGAUGCCCUGAAACGAACUACAGACAUGAUGAUUAGUGGUAAAACUGUACUGGUAUGUGGUUAUGGAGAAGUUGGUAAAGGUGUUUGUCAAGCUCUUAGAGGAUUAGGAGCAUUUGUUUGCAUUUCUGAAAUUGAUCCAAUCUGUGCUCUUCAAGCCUGCAUGGAUGGUUAUCGUGUUGUAAAAGUGGAAGAAGUUAUACGAUCUGUCGAUAUUGUCGCUACAUGUACAGGUAAUAAAGGUGUUAUAACACGAGCACAUAUGGAUCAAAUGAAAAAUGGUUGUGUGUUAUGCAAUAUGGGUCAUUCGAACACUGAGAUUGAUGUUCGAUCUCUACAAACUCCUGAUCUAACCUGGGAGCGUGUUCGUUCACAAGUGGAUCAUGUCAUUUGGACGGAUGGCAAACGUAUAGUUCUUAUAGCUGAGGGACGUCUAGCGAAUCUAAGCUGUUCUACUGUUCCGUCUAUUGUUGUUUCUGUCAGCGCCAGUACUCAGGUGUUAGCCCUUAUCGAAUUGUACAAUGCGCCUACUGGUCGUUAUAAAAAUGAUGUCUACCUUUUGCCUAAAAAGAUGGAUGAAUAUGUGGCAACAUUACAUCUUCCAUUAUUCAAUGCUCGGAUUACAGAACUCACAGAUGAACAAGCUCGAUAUUUGGGUGUAAAUAAAACUGGACCAUUUAAACCAAGCAAUUACAAAUAUUAA